AUGUCACCACCCCAUGACCGUGUGCGUGUUAAUAACACACCUUUUUUAGCAGGGUUAUUAACAACCGACUUUUCAAAUACGCACCAUAUUCCGUUCCCUGAAGGCAUCAUUUCGCUUCCAACCCCGCUUGAGUUCAAAGUGGCAGGCGACAAGACCAUAUAUGCCGUGUACUACGCCUCCAACAACCCAGCUUAUGCGGGUUCGAGCAUUCCCAACGAGAAGCUGCACUGCGUGCUUGGCGUAUACGGUGAUCCCACAGGAUUAAAGACCCAGAAUUUGAAUUGGCAGAAGCAGUAUUUCACAAGCAGGAAAUAUGCUUGGUUGGAUGUAAACUACAGCGGCUCUUCGUGCUAUGGGCGCGUAUAUAUGGAGCGCCUCCAAGGAAACUGGGGUAUCACCGACGUGAGCGACUGCAUUGGCGCAAUCCAAUCGCCUCAAAUCAGUUCCCUCAUCGACACCAAACGCACUGCGAUCCGGGGCGGGAGUGCGGGUGGGUUUACUACCCUUGCUGCCAUCUCCUUGGACUCCUCCGCAGCGAGCAAAGUGAAAUUUUUCGCAAGUGCCACGAACAGCUACGGAGUCUCAAACAUGGAGCUUUUUGCAGAAGAUACGCACAAGUUCGAGCUGAUGUAUAUCAUAAAGCUUCUCAGCGGUGCAAGAGAAGAGAUUCCGAAAGUUUGGCACGACCGGAGCCCGGUGUAUUUCUCUGCAAACAUCAAAACCCCAUUACUCGUUCUUCGAGGCAAAGAUGAUGCAGUUGUUCCGCCUCCACAAUCCUGGACUAUUAUUGAUGGGAUCAUUAAAUCUAAGGGGCAUGUUGAGGCGCAUUUCUUCGAUGGCGAACAACAUGGGUGGCGCACAUCAGGGACGCUCAAGAAGGCGAUUAAGUUCGAGAGGGAAUGGUACGAGAAGAGCAUGGUGAGGCCCGCUGUAGCAACUUGAACUAAGAACAAUAUAGCAGUAAUCUAUCAUUGGUGUAUGAAUAUGAACGAAUCAAGU